AUGUCGUUCGCCCUGCGUAGCGCUCGUUUGGCCGCCCUGGCACGUCCCUCGAUCCGUAUGGUUCAGUCCCGCGGCUAUGCCGACGAGAUGGCCUUCACGCUGGCUGCGGCGAACAAGGUAUUCUACGACAGCGCCAACAUCCGGCAGGUCGAUGUGCCGUCGUUUAGCGGUGCGUUCGGUAUCCUGCCGAAGCACGUCCCCACGCUGGCCGUCCUGAAGCCGGGUGUCGUCACCGUGUACGAGAACGAUGGUGCGGUGAAGAAAAUUUUCGUCUCCAGCGGUACCGUCACCGUAAACGAGGAUGCUUCGGUGCAGGUGCUAGCGGAGGAAGCACACUCGGUGGAAGAUCUUGAUUCGUCCGCCUGCCGGGAACUGCUUUCCAACGCCCAGACCCAGCUGUCCUCCGCCUCGGGUGAUAAGGAUCGUGCCGAGGCUGCCAUUGCCGUAGAAGUCGCGGAAUCGCUUGUAAAGGCUUCCGAAUAA